CGUAUGAAAGAAAAGCGGAGUAGACCGUUAUUUGGCUGUCACCCAGGAUAGGUAGCAGCGAAAGUUUAUCGAAUCUAUGAUCGAUAUGACAAUGAGGUCCACGAAAACGACAUGUAUUCUUCUUCCUGUAGCGAUGUUCUAUAAAUACUUAUGGGGGUCACAAUAUCGAAUCAAACACAGUUUUUCUUCGGCGUUGGUGACGGUAACUAGGUAUUACCAAUUACUGCCGGAAAUCAUGAAGUUCAUAUAUUAUACCUUGGAAAUAUCAGUGCUCUUAACUGUGGGAAUGGCUAUCACCGUUGAGAAGCGAGAUAAUAACAGUCCAGAGGUGUCGAAGAGACAUAAUAAAAGGGGACUGGUUGGUCUAGGAUAUGGCUUCCAACAAGAUCAUCCGGAACAAGUAGGACAAAUUUAUGGUCAUCCAGAACCGGCGCCCAUUUAUGAAGAACCACAUCCAGAUAAUUUACAUCACGUACCUGGACAUUUUGAACCAGCACCGGCAUUGCACUCAGCACCAUUUUUGGCACAUCCCGUUGGAGCAGCUCCUCUACCAGUUCCAGUUCCAGCUCCUGUUCCAGCUUUGCCAGCUCCUGUUCCUGUUCCGGUUCCUGUAACGAAGACGGUAGCAGUGCCAGUGCCAGUUCCGGUGGAUCGUGCUGUUGCAGUACCAGUUGCUGUUCCAGUCCCGAAACCAUAUCCUGUCCAUGUUGAAAAAAUCGUCCAUGUAGAUCGUCCAAUACCGGUCCCAGUCGAAAAGACAAUUCACGUUCCAGUCGACAGACCAGUCGCAGUUCCGGUUCCAGUUCCAAAACCUUAUCCAGUUGCUUAUGAAAAGUUGGUUCAUGUAGAUCGACCUUAUCCAGUUCACGUGGCGGUACCUUAUCAAGUUCCCAAACCGUAUCCCGUACCUGUUGCAGUGCAUGCACGUUACAAAUGGCACGGCUGGUAA